CUCACCCUCUCCUAUAAAAGAGAGGGUUGCCCUAAUUGUUGAGGGAGGGGCAAUUCACACUCUUCACUCCUUCCCUGCCCAUUUACUCUCUCUCUCUCUAGAAAGCUUGUGAAUAUUUUCUUCUUCUUCAAGAGCUCAAAUGCUCCAUUAAUGGCUUCUAGCCUAGAUCAUGUACCGUGUACACACCCCCGAUAUUAAUAAAAAUCCCCCGUUGGCAAGGUACCGCCAAAAAAGGCCCGUGGUUUUCUCCCGAUUUGGGUUUCCACGUAAAAAUCCUCGUGUUUAUAUUUUGGUGUAUUUUUUAGACUAGUUAAUCGUUUUAGCCGGGCUAAAAACGAUAUACCGGUCGAUAAUUUACACCAUCAUUUUGGCGCCGACCGUGGGACCUGAGCAAAAGGUCAUGACUUUGUUUAGUGCUCUCAUCUUGUUCUUUGAAAAAGAUUGAAGGAGAUGGUGCUCAACCAAAAAAAAAUAUCGAGGGAGAGAGCCUUGUUUCCAAACGGAUUUUGAUUUCCAAAAAACAAUCAAAAUGUUUUGUUAUUCUACCCAUGCCAAAAAAAGAGAAUAGGAAAAAAAAAUGUUUGGGCCCAAAUAUCGGCCCGCAAAAUGGACUUCUUCCUGUCCAUGCCGCUGAAGCAUCUGGUGACGAGCUUCCAUUCGACGACGACAAACCAGCAGCGGGAAUCAGCAUCCAGCAGUCGGAGUGUCGGACGCCUUCCUCCAGCACCUUACUAUUUCCAGCGACGAGGAGGAGACUCAGGCGUCAUGGCUGCCUCAUUCCGACGGUAGAAGAAGCACUUCGACGGAGUCUCUCACUGCAUUGGAAAAAUGGGGGAAAGAUUUAGAUCGAGUACUGAAAUCUGACCUCCGCGCCUCUUCAAUAUCGCACACGGUUACCCCGCCAUAUGAGGAAAUUAUCGUUGCUGUCAAAGCAGAGAAGCCAAUCUCCAAGGGGGCGCUGGCCUGGGCUCCGUCUCAUGUCUAACACGCCACAAUCAGGCCUCUCACUGCUUCCCCCGUCGCCGGCCCUGAGAUCUACCACGGGCUGGAGAAGCGUGGGGGAGAGGAGCAAUCAGGAACCACUGUCGACACCUAGCACCGGAAGUCCGCCAUUGCCGACGCUGAGGUAAUCUUUGGCUUUGAUGGACAUGGGAGCCAAAGUUUGCUCCCACUCUGUUUGUCUCCAGAUGAUGAUUUCAAUUUUCCGUUGUCGGUAGCCUCUAGCUACACUUCCCUAGAGAACUGUCCGUCCAUAUCUCCCGCAGCCACCAGAGUCGGCCAUUACUACCAACGAAGCCAAACUUCGUAGUUGCCACUGUUGGAGUCCCCACCAUAGUUAUUUAUCCUCACGACCGCUUCAACGUUUUCGUUAAAGCCAGCCGACCACGGAAGACUCCAAUUUCUACUCGAUUUCGUAGCUGACACUCCCACCGCAGGAAUCUGGUCAUUUGCGCACUUCAAACAAACUGCCGCCUCGGAAGAAUACUGCCGCCGCACACCACUGCCGCGACAACACCAGAGAAAAUCCCCUAAUGGUCACCACCGUUGAAGAAACCCAACUGCCAUUCACAUCUCUCUCCGUUGGAAGACUACCAGAUCAUUGUUGAAUGAGGUCUUAGCCCACUUCUUUCGAAGUACGUCCAUGGCCUAUUGAAAUUUGUAUCCAGAGAAAUUAGCAGCCACAACUCAAACUCAUCUCUACCGUUGGUGUCUGCUUUCGCUGUCACCAUGAUUGAAAUCUUCUAUUGCUGCACAUGUCUGCUCCUCCAUGGCAAUUACAUCUACUGCUAUGAGUUGAAGAAAACAAAUAAAGGAAGACAAAUUGGUCAGAGGAGCAUGUGGCGGACAUAGUAUAAAGCACUCACAUGAUUGAUUGGGUUAAUUUAUACAAAUUUGGUGGAAUCAACGGCUAAAGAUGGAAAGAGCAAUAAUGCUUUCAUAAAAUAGUUACCACACGUGGUGGGCACAAAGGAAUCAAAUUAGCAAUCCUUGAAGAUUUAAUGGGCAUGCAUUAUCCUAUAAUUGAGGAAUAGCCCACGUGAAAUUGAGAUCACAUAUUCAUGAUAUUGCUCCAAGAUUAUCAGUUUGUGCUCCCUGUUGGUACAAGACUCGCGAUUAUUACCCGGUCAAACCGAGGUAAUAAAGAGUACGUGUCGGACUAGCUAAGCCCGGUAAUUAUUCGGAAGGAAGACUGAGACACAGGCCCGGACCUGGCAUGCCGUUUACUACAUCGGUCUUGCUCAGUAUAAAAUAAAAAAAUAAUAAACCCGGAAGAGGGGCCCGGAAGAGGGUAUGCCUGCAAGAGGGCUGGACCUGGAAGAAGGUUCGAACCAUACUUACACGGGCCCAUGAGGUUUGACUGGUAUUGGGGAAUCAGCCAAGACUGGCAAACUGAUUGGGGACUAAAAGAUGCCCAUUAAAAGAAAUAGAAGAGGGAUCGUCCACCGUAGCGCAUCCUAUUUCCCCCUUCUCAGGGAAGACUUGAACGGGGGUGAGCUAAGGCCUUCCCGGGAUAGUAAAUAUCAAAGGGCCAUUAAAAGACUUAAUCACCCAGAAGAUGGGGCCCUGGAAGAAGGGUGCAUUUUGGUCCUUGGAGAGGGCUCGAAACCAUCCGACAUGGUUAAUUCUCCAAUGUUGAUCUGGCCUGGCCAGCAGCAUUAUCUUAUUGGAAGACUGAGACACAGGCCUGGCCUGGCACGCUGGUUACUACACCGGUCUUGCUCAGUAUAAUAAAGAAAAUAUGUGACCCAGUCGAACUGGUACACUGGUUUCACACCAGUCUUACACAUAUUUUCCAAUAAGCCUGAGCCCAAUCGAAUUGGGUACACCGAUUGCACAUCGGUUUCAGCAAAAAAGUGAGCAAAGCUCAUAUCGGGGACGCCCGAUUCAUUUAAGCCCUCAAUCUGAGGCACUUUGAUCAAAGAUGGUCUCCGCGAGACAUGAAGAUAUUUACAUCAGUCAGCCGGGCUAACACUGAUCUUCAACAAAGCUACCGUAUCGGAUUCAAUUCUUAUUAACUAGGGUCGUUG